AUGCUUCUCGAUGCAGUUGCCAGCGAUGUUAUCGCGAGAAAGGAGUGGACCAAGCGCAUCUCGCAGCUGGGAGCCCAGAAGUCAUGGCGAGAAGCUUGCCAGGCCGUUGCGGCCAUGCGUGGCGAGGAGCUCCAGCCCAGCAUCGUUACGCACAACGCAGUGCUCAACGCCGUUGUGCGCGCUCAACAGUGGGCACAGGGGCUUUGUGACCUCAAGGCACAGGGCCUCGAGGAAGAUGAGGUGUCGGCCGGGGUAGCCGUGAGAGCCGCAUCGGGUCUUGGUGGACGGUGGGCUGCUGCCGAGGUCACCCUUCAGACGCUGCGACGCCGAGAGCUGGAGGGUUCGGUGGUGUCCUUCGGAGCGGCUAUAAGCGCUGCGGAGAAGGGCCAAGCAUGGGAGCAGGCCUACGCGUUGCACGACCAGCUUCUACACGAAGGCCUACGCACAAGCACCGUGGCAGUCAAUGCUGCCAUCAGCGCCAGCAAAACUGCGGACUGGAGGGGGGCCGUGGCCUUCCUGGAGCAGCUGUCGACUGGGCGUCUAGAGCCAAGUGUCGUGACCUAUGCUGCGGCGAUUUCGUGCUGCGAGAAGUCACGGCAAUGGCAGAUGGCUCUGAGCCUCUUCAGCCAGAUCAGUGACGCAGAGAUUCAGCCCAACAUCAUCGCAUGCAAUGCUGCGAUCAGCGCUUGCGAGAAGGCCGGCCAGUGGACCUGGGCGCUGGAGUUGCAGGAGCACGCCGAGAGCUGCACCUUGAACCCGAACAUCGUCACCUGCGCCGCGAGCACCAGUGCCUGCGAGAAAGCAGCUGAGUGGGAGCCGGCAGUGUCGCUGCUCCGUGCCGCUCGGCGUCGACUCCUGCAGCUUAACGUCAUCGCGUGCAAUGCAUUCCUCGGGGCUUGCCAGAAUGCGUGGCACUGGCAGAGGUCCCUCGCGGCUCUUGCAGCCAUGGCGGAGAGUUGUGACGUUGUGUCCGUCACAGCUGCGGUCACGGCUUGUGGCGAUGCUUCGGCAUGGCAGCAUGCCACCGACCUGAUGGCCGACGUGGAUGCUCGUCACCUUCAGCCUGACUUCUCUUUACUUAGCGCUGCCAUGUCAGCUUUUGCGGAGGGUGCGAGCACUUCCGUCUCGGGUGGAUGGCUGCGGGCACUGGAGAUCCAGGGCGCCCUGGUCUUGGCACGGCUGCGGCCCGGGCUCGCGUCCUUUAACUCCGUGCUCCGCGCCUGUCAGCGCGACAGUGCUUGGCGUGGUGGUGUUGCUGCGCUAUCCGAAAUGGCACACCACCAGGUUUCACCUGACGAGGUGGGCUGUGCAGCAGCGCUGCGUGGGUGCCGAAGCGCCGGAGCGUGGGCACCGCUCCGCAGGUUGCUCGAUGACAUUUCAGCCGGCCUGCUUCGCGAAGUGGGUCGAAAAGGGGCCGUCGUCGUCAUCAUGAAGCAAUCACUUCCGUCGCGGAUGGCGACUGCGGAGCAGCGGUUGUCCAGAGCCCUCCAUGCAAGAGAAUAUCUCAAGCAGCUCUUCGAGACCUGCAGAGGCAUUGCCGAAGUCUUCGACAUCGCAGAGCCGCUCUCUGCAACCCCAAAGAUCCUUCGGAGGCCCCCGCGCGAGACGAGGCCUGCUAGGGUCCCAGCUCCACCUCGCGGUGCACCUCCACGCAGUGCGCGCCAGUGCCGGGCUGCACGGAGCGCCCAUCUGAAGCUCUUCAAGGGCAUGCCUCGGCCACCGGCGCUUCCGCGAGCCGUGGUGUCGAGGAACUGCCGCCCUCAGCCAAGUCCAUUUGGGGCAGAAGUGGUUCAGCAGCCUCCUUGGAACUGCCGUGCUGGUUCAGGUCGCCGGCACCAGGCACCGCCAUCGCCAGAGGCAAUGCAAGCUGCCGAUGCCGCCAUGGCAAGUGCCGCGGCGAGGGCCACCGUUUGGCGGCCGUGGACGCCCACUUUGCCGAAGCAGAUACACAUUCCUGUGCUGAACGUGGAGUCCACUGAAGCUGAGGCAUUGCCCCCGAGAUCCUCCUCAACUUUCCAGGCGCGAAACUCGCCCAGCCUGCAGGUGAGACCGCUCAGUGGCAGUCGCUCCUUGAGGAGUUCUCCUUCCCAGCAAAGCAAUCCCCUCACGUCGGACAUGGCCAAAUCGCUGAAAUCCACCUUCGACAGCAAGGUGUUUGGGAAUACCUUGCGCCUGGACGAGACCCGUGGCGAGGGCUCCAUCCCACGAUGGAAGUUGCACAAACUCGCGCGGGAGAUGAACAUGACGGUGGAAAGCGUCAUCGUUGCGAAGGAGAUUUUCGACGAUCACGACUUUGAUGGGUCAGGGAUGCUCAGCCUCGAUGAGAUCGCGAAGGUCGUCCAAACACUUAUGGAAUUUCAGAUUGCGGACAAGGAGUGCGUGAAUUACCGCAUCGAAUCUGGGCAGACAAAUCGGCUGCUCAACUACUGGCUCAAGUUUGCCCCCGAAGGGGUGUUCGAGCUGGAUUUUGAGAGCUUCUUGAUCUGGUACUCGUGCACUGGAUUCCUGACUGAGCUCAUGAUUGAUGACAGGGAGAUCCGCCUCCGCCUGCUUGCCAAAGCCAACAAUUUGGAUGCCCUCUGCAUGGACAGAGUGAGGAAGUCCUUCAACUCCAUCGAUGUGGAUGGAUCCGGGGAGGUUGACAUUCACGAGUUCGAGAGCAUUCUGCGGGAGGUCUUGAAAGUUCCGGCCCACCUCGACAUGCCAGAGUCGCGAAUCCGCUACUUCUGGAACGAGAUUGACGUGGAUGGAUCUGGCAAGGCCGGCUUUGACGAGUUCCUCAGCUUCUGGCUGUCGCAGUUCGGCUCGGCCUCUUCCGGUCAAAAGGGCCAGACAUUGUCGCUCGAGGAUUUCUACAAGUCUCAGAGGAGAAUCGGAGCCAAGUACUUGGAUCCACAUUGGAACGCUGUGGACCAAUUAACAAGCUCUGUGUCGGAAUUCAUAGACUCCCUUUAG